AUGGAGAGCUGGAGGAAAUUUUUUCUGGGUGCAGGGACUGAUAUAUGUACGGUGAUUGAAAAUGCCAUUGCAGUUGCAGCAUCUGAUUGGCCUCAAGAAUUGAGGGAAAGAAGGGACAGGAUUGCUCAGAGAUUGUUCUAUUGUGGGUUUGUUAGGUGUGGACAAUGCAGUGAAUUGAAUUUGGCAGGGCCUGAUUCAGGUGAUAACACUAAAGGAGCACUUGUUCUUCCCAGGUGUGAAGGACAGCAGAAUCAUGCAGAGGGGUCUAGUGAUGAUGGCAGGACCAGAAGCAGCAAGGAGUUUGUGAGGAACGGGGCUAGUAAUUACAGCUUUGAUGAGGCUGAAGCCCUUACAGAGCAGAUAGAGGAGGAGUCAGAGAUUCUCAGAGAAGUUGAGAGAAUCAAAGAAAUACUGUUAAAUCCUGAGGAGUCAGGAAACCAGGUGAAUGAAUCUUUGAGAAUACUGGAGUUGAUGCAGAUUUCUGUAGGCACUCUAGAGGUAACUGGUAUUGGCAAGGUGGUUAGUAGAUUAAAGAGACAUCAUUCAGAACAAGUGCGUUCCAUGGCUAAGAUGUUGGUCAGUGGUUGGAAAGAGCUUGUAGAUGAUAUGUGGAUGAAGACUGCUGCUACAUUAGGCCCAUCCCAUGAAUCUGUUUGUCGUGAAGAAGAUAUCAGAGAUGGUGAGCAUGGUCUACCUUCUCCGCCACUUGAUAAGGGUGCCUUUUUAACAACUCACACUGGACCAAUCGAAAUGUCUGAGUUAUUUGCUGAAAUGGAUGAUGAUGGAAAUCCUCACAUUAUUCAUGGGAAUGACUACAAUAGGAAACAGAUUGAUGAGCAUGGCACUCAUUGUGGUGAUGAUGACAAACAACAUUACAGUGGGAAACAAUCAGUUCAGCAGAAAUACAGGAAAAGGGAAGGCGAUGGUACUGCCAAGAAAUUAGUUUUGGCAAGAAACAAAGAACAGUGGAAGAUAACUUCAGUUGGGAAGUCAUGGGGAACUCCAAAACCAAAUGAUCAUAGGGACCGAUUGACUGGUUCACCCAAACAUCAAAUGAGUCCUUCAAAUGAUGUGUCUGACAAUGUGUGUGUAAGGGCUGAAGCUGCUAAGAGAAAGUUUGGUGAAGGAUACCAAGUAGUAGACAAAACAAAGAAGCGGCGCACGGUUCAGCUAAUAGGGCUGCAAGAUCUUCCUGAAAAUAGCCGCCAUCGUUUGUAG